AUGGCUUUCGAGAACACCCUUGGUGGUGCUUCAGCCAAUUACUUGACUAAAUCGGUUGCCACUGACCGGACCGCCUUUACUGCGAAAGACACGGUGGAGUACAUAUGGAGAGGUUUGGGUCUUCCUGACGAGGCUCUUCGGUCUCUUCAUAUCGAGGGGAAUGAGCUAGGUCUUCCCUCGUCGUUUAAGAUAGCAGAUCUUGCUCAGGCAACGAUCAGUCUCUCCGCGUUGCUUGCAGCUCAAAUUCAUGCCCUUCGCAAUUCCAUAUCCACUCCAGUGGUAACAGUUCCUCGGCGGCAUGCCGUGAUCGAAUUCAAAUCGGAGAGGCUUUACUCGUUUUCCGGUCAGUCUUUACCCGACACAUGGGGUCCUCUGAGUGGACUGCACAAAUCCUUAGAUGGAUAUGUGCGAGUGCAUGAUUCCUUCACCAACCAUCACAACGGUGCGACGGCUCUUGUAGGAUGCUCACCGGAUGUCACCCGCGCUGAGUUUGCUUCCAAAAUCGCAUCGUGGCGCUCAGCGGACCUAGAAUCUGCUGCGUUUGAGGCGAAUGUGGUGAUCUCUGCUCUUCGCAGCUACUCCGAAUGGGACGCCCUCCCGCAGGCCCGCGCCAUUGCCGACUUCCCUAUUCUUCUUCGGAAGAUCGGGGAUGCACCGGUUGGUCUUCCCCAAGAGAUGCGUGCAGCUAACGCCGACAAAUCUCUCCGGGGCCUUCGAGUCCUGGAAUUCUCCCGGGUGAUCGCCGCGCCGUUAUCUGGGAGAACAUUGGCUGCUCACGGCGCUGACGUUCUCUGGGUGACGAGUCCAAACCUUCCUGACCUUCCAGUUGUGGAUCGUGACCUGGGUCGCGGGAAACGAACAGUGCAGCUUGAUUUGGUGACAGAGGAGGGCCGUGAGGAUCUCACCCGGCUUCUUGAGGACGCCCACGUCGUCGUUCAAGGGUAUCGACCGGGUAGUCUGGCUGCCCGCGGUCUCUCGCCCGAGGCACUUGCUCAGCGGUUCUCGCAUCGCGGGAUUAUAUGCGCCAAUCUCUCUGCAUAUGGGCCUUCCGGUCCAUGGUCAGACAAGCGUGGUUUUGACUCAUUGGUCCAAACAUGCUCCGGUAUGAAUGUAUCCGAGGCGGAGCAUUACGGUGCGGGUGAGCCUGCACGACCAAUGCCAUGCCAAGCCUUGGACCAUGCGGCAGGCUACUUCCUCGCGUCAGGUGUCCAAGCUGCUCUGUACAAGCAAGCUACAGAGGGCGGUUCAUGGGAGGUCAGUGUUUCCCUUGCUGGGGUAAUGAAAUAUCUGCGGUCGCUUGGACAGUUCCCCGGCAGAGAUGGUUUUCAGUCACAGGACUAUACGUGCACAGCCGAUGUACCUCCGGAAUAUCUGGAGACAAGGGCAACAGGUUUUGGUGAAAUGACCGCUGUGCGCCAUUCCGCCUCGAUUCAAGGGGUUAAGGUUGGCUGGGAUAUCAUGCCAAAGCCCUUAGGUUCGGAUGAGAAGAAGUGGCUAUAG